AUGGCUCCCGUCGUCCCCUCUGCGAAACGGCGCACCCUGCGCGCAAAGCUCGCCGCAAAGUCGGGCUCCGGCGUGUAUGCCCCGCGCAAGACGCCCCGGCCCGACGCCGUCGAGACGAGCGACUCGUUCAUCAACAGCAAGAAGGACAAGCGGCUGGUCAAGCACUCGGCGUUCGUGUCGCGCAUCGAAAAGUCGGGCGUCCAGAAGAAGGCCCUCAAGCGGAGGAGGCCCGGCAAGAAGCUCGUCACGAACAUGGAAUCUCUGGCCGACGCGCUGCCUGACCUGCUCGCGGACGGCGAGACGGAGGAGGGCUUGCAGCAGCUCAGGGAAGGCAAGAUCCGGCACAAGAGUCUCAAGAGCCGCAAGGGCGCGCUCAAGCGCAAGGAGAAGAUCGUCAAGGGCGAGGUGGAGCGGUUCGGCGUCAACAUGGCCAGGCUGAAUGCCGUGCCUCAGCAGCCGACGUCGGGAGCGAUGGACGUCGAGGCUAGCGGUUCCAACCCGAGUAGUCAGGGCAAUGGUGGCGCUGCUGUGCCGGCAACAACAUCGAGCCGUUUCGCAGCCCUGAGAGGCUUCAUCUCUGCGACCAUGGAGCAGAACCCGCAGUUCUUGGAGAAGAAGCCAGCCAAGUGA